CCAAUCUCAAACUGGCCUCGUGCGCACGACAGGGUGGUGGCUAUGUGUUGCCAUGGGUUAUGGGGAGUGGUCGGGGGGGGGGGCGGCGGCAGAGGAGGAGGAUGAGGAGGGAGAUGUGGAGCCCGAGGUGUGGGGAGCGCGACCUGAUGGCAGUGUUUCCGAGCAGGAGAUCCAGCGGCAGAUUGUCGCUUUCCGUAACGGCCGACCGUCCAGAGCCCGUCCGGUUCGGGACGUGUUCGGCAGCAGAGCGACGGAGCUGCGACCAUGGCCGGAGGGUGGGGAUGAUGUGGACCGUUCACUUACGGUGGGGGUCGUGACGGCACAGAUUCAUUCACAUGAGUUAUCACUGGUACUGUGUCGUCGAUCGCGCCGGCGAGUGGCAGCAGCAGAGUCGGCGGUGGUCAUGGAGGACGUUCGCAUGCGGAGGCGUUGGGAGGUUAGGAGCGGCAGCGAGGCGGAGGGGGAGGCCGAGGAUGAGGAGAUGCACCUUCGCGAUCGUCGCUUCUCUCCCUCCUACCAUCCGAUCUCCGCACAGUCCAAGGGGGAGCCACUUAGGCGUUCGGAGAGGUUGGCGUCGGCAGCAGGCAGAGACCGGACACAUGACGGCGAGGAUCGUGGGGGGGAGAGGACUCCUUCCGACGCCGGUAUCCGCCGCCAUUCGCCGUCGGUGCUCCGCACACAGGACUUCGAGGACAUAGGGCUUGGUGGGAGCUUGGCAGAUUUGAGUGUCGAGGGACGUCGACGUGCCUCACCACAGGAUGUGCGCAUAGACGCGGACGUUGAGCGGGGCCCUGUUGAGACUGAGGAGAAGAGGCAUGCCCAUUUGGACCGAGAGGAGGAGGAGCGGCUGAGUAGUUUGCCACGGUGGGAGGGUCGGUUUGCGUAUCUCGACGAGCAGCGUCGGCAGAGGGACUUGGAGACAGGAGGAGAGGGGAUCCGUGACGUCGACGACUCGGGUGUCCCUGAGGAGGCGGUUCAGGGCGAGUUCGAUUAUGAGGGGCAGGAUGCCGCCGCGGGUGUCCCUGAGUCGCAGGAUGUUGUCAUGGGCGGCGGGUCCCCUACGUGCGACAAAGGAGAGGGUGGACCCGGUGGAGAUGGGGAUACCGCGGGUGCCGGUGGAGACAAUGGACCGGACGGCGACGAUGACGACGACCACGGUCCGGAGGACGAUCCAGAUAGGCUCGCCUUGGUGUUGAGGGACCCCACAGUGCCUCCCUUGCGCCCUGACGGCACAGCGCACACUUUCUUCGACGCCGACGCUUUGGCGCAUGCAUUGACGGAUGACCGUUUCGCACACAUGGGCCGCAAGACCGGCAAGCAGCGGGCCCCUGGGAGGCUAUAUUCACCGCCACCGUUCACAGUGGUGAGCCCUCACUGGUCGGGUUCGUCGCUCAGUGGCGUUAGAGGGAGGGAGUCUGGUGCAGGUGAGGUGGGGUCCGGCAGACGCCACGACCGCGGCAGAGAUAGUGCAGGAUCGAUGCCUCCACCGCUCGCACGGACUCCGGAGGGCAGGUUCGACACCGGGGACCGGACGGUGGCACCCGGAGUUGCGCAUAGUGGCGGUUCCCCGCCGCCAGUCCGAGGAGGUGUGGGUGGCGGAUGGUCAGCUGUUCGUCGUGUCGGGGACCGGUUGCGGGCGGAUUACGACGCCGGGAGGGGCGUCUUCAUGGGACGUGCGCCUGCUCAGACGCCGGCUGCGGAGGGCGGGUCCGGACGUCCGAGCCUACAGAUGGCAGGCUGCAUGCUUGGUUUGUCACGAGCGAAGACGAGGAGGACAUUGGUCCUAGAGGCCCCAGGGACAUCCACGGACAGGCUGCACGGAGAGCAGUUCACAUCGGGCGAGGCGGGGUUGUUGAUGCGUCCCGGGACGAGACGACAGCAUGGACUCUCAGAGGUUGAGGCUCGACUCGCUGCAGGGGUCGCCGCUGCGCAGGCAGCGUUGGACGUGAUUCAGAGGGAGAGAGAGCGGGGGAUUACUGCAUAGGUGGAGGAGGACGAGGACGCAGACACUGAAUGCGACAUAGGGAUGAUGUGCUAAUGAAUGUGUUCUUACAUAAAUGAUGUACUAAUGAAUGUCUAUUAGUCUC